UUUUUUUCUGCACAAAAGCUUCCUUAAUGAACAAUAAAAACUUCUGUAAACCGACGAGUUCCUGUCUUUCCAUUUUUCUCACUGGCCAAGGUUUUUGCUGAGGUUCCCCUUGGUUGCAGGGCCAGGAGAAGGCACAUCCCAAGGUGUCACUGGGAAUCUGAGCCUGAAUGGAUUCAGGUUGCCAUUAAGCUGCGUGUCCCAUCAAGCCUUUGUUCUGCUGAGCAGGGUUGCAGGUGGAAGAGGCUUGCCUGGGAUUGCUGCUGCUCUCUUCCCUGGACAAACACAACGCCUGGUGUGAGGCAACAGCCUCGUGUUGCAAUCCCCAGAGGGACUCCUUGAUACCGGCCUUCCCUGCUGACUCGCAUUUAGUGUGGCUUCCCCUGUGUCCUCAUUCCUUGCUUGAUUCCAAAUAAAUCUCAGAAAUGUCAUUUAAAGGCAGGGAACUCUGUUGUCACCUUGCUCCAGGACAGUUUUCCCUGUCUGUGCCCACCCUCUGCAGCCAGGUGUGGAUUCUCACUGCUUCUCCAGCCCAUCCAAGAUUCCUCAGUCUGGGAGCAGCAUAGGAGAGGAACCAGCCACUGAGGACUCUUAGGAACGGCAUGGAGAGCAAAUGGAGUGGCUUGGUGCUGAUCAUUUCUGUGUGCCUGGGCUCCUACCAAGCCGGGGCCAGCCCCCUCCACGAGUGUGGCGAGCGGCCGGAGGACUGGUGCCGCGACGUGGCGACCGCGGCCAAGUGCGGGGCUCUGGAGCUCUGCCGGCUCACGGCGUGGGACCGGGCUCUGGGGCAGAAGGGGAUCCCCUGUCACCUGUGCCAGGUGGCAGUCUCCCUGGUGGGCAAGAUCCUGCAGGACAACCGCACCGAGGAAAAGCUGCGGCUCUUCUUGGAUAAGAAAUGCCAGUACCUGCCCUUCCAGGACUGGUCUGUCAAGUGCAAGAGGAUGGUGGAUACUGGCAUCCUCGUCCUGGUGCAGCUGGGCAAGCAAGUGCUGUCAGAGCCGAAGGUGGUGUGUGGGACCAUCAAGCUGUGCCAGCGCCGGGACAGACCCACGGGCACCUCCGAGUACCAGCAGCCACCAGCAGCUACCACGGGCCCCACCCAGGACUUUGCUGACCUCAUUGCCCCCUUCAUGGCCAACGUGCCCCUCCUGCUCCACCCCCAGGACCUGCCCCACGGCGAGGCCCAGGAGACAGAAGAGGUGUGUGGGGACUGCCUGCAGCUGGUGACGGCCGUGCAGCAGGAGCUGGGCACCAACACUGCCUUCACCUGGGAGCUGCUGGGCCACGCCAAACGUGUCUGUGAGACUCUGACACCCGACCUGGCACAGCGGUGCAAGCAUUCCCUGGCUGAGUACACAGACACGGCUGCCCAGCUCCUGCGCUAUGUGCAGGCGGGGGACCCAGUGGGGAUGUGUGGCCAGCUGGGACUCUGUGCCUCCACCUCGGCACUGCCCCUCCACACGCAGCUCACAGAGAAGGUGAUGCAGGUCCUGAGCACUCUGGGGGACAGGGUGGGGAGCACUCCUCUGUGCGACGUGUGCCAGUUCACCGUGAAGACAGUCGAGAGCCUCCUGGAGAACAACGUGACAGAGGAGCAGCUGGUGAACGACAUCGAGAAGGUGUGCUACAUGCUGCCCCACCGCGUCAUCGGGCAGUGCAAGGACUUCGUCGACUCCUACGGCAAAGCCGUGGUGAUCAUGCUGCUGGAGGCCACCGACCCCGCGGCCGUCUGCAGCAUGCUGCGCUGCUGCCCCCGCAGCGGGGACACCCAGCCCGGGGCUGAGGCCCUGGAGCGGCUGGCGGUGAGCGCGGGCGCCUUCUGCAACGUGUGCCAGAUCGUCAUCACCUACUUCGACAACGAGCUGCUCAAGAACGAGACGCUGGAGGAGCUGGGCGAGGUGCUGGAGAAGGGCUGUGCCAUGCUGCCCAUGCCACUCACCAGCAAGUGCCAGGCGCUCGUGUUGCAGUACGAGCCGGCGGCCGUGCGGCUCUUCGUGCAGAUGAUGGACCCCACCUUUGUCUGCACUAAAAUCAAAGCCUGUGACUCAGGCAAGGAGGAUCUCCUGGGCUCGGCGCCCUGCGCCUGGGGACCGCAGUACUGGUGCAAGAACAUGGCCACGGCGGUCGAGUGCAACGCUGUGGCACACUGCCGGCGCCACGUGUGGAACUAGGAGCCAUCUCCGCAGCUGGCCGGACUUGCUCUGCCGUUUGGUUUGGGAUCCCGGCUCCCUUCCCUCGGGACGUGCCUGCACUCACCGACGGCC